AUGCCCUGCCAAGCGCUCUAUAAAAAGGCAAGUCAAGCCAAGCCAUGCCCUGCGAAGCGCUCUAAAAGCCAAGCCAAGGCCAAAGCCAAACCAAAUGCCCAUGCCACUAGCCGCUCUAAAGACAAGCCAAAGCCAAGCCAUUGCCCUUGCAAAGCCGGGCAAACUAACCAAGACCAAGCCAAGCCAAGCCAUGCCCUGCAAAGCGCUCUAAAAGACAAGCCAAGCCAAGCCAAACCAAGCCAAGCCAAACCAAGCCAAGCCAAAACAUCCCAUGCCAAGCGCUCUAAAAGGCAAGCCAAACCAAGCCAAGCCAAGCCAAACCAUGCCACCUGCCAAAGCGCUCUAAAAGAAUGCCAAAGCUUCCUCCCUAAAAGGCAAAAGGAAACAAGCCAAGCCAUGCCAAGUGCUCUAAAAGGCAAGCAAAGCCAAGCCAAGCCAAACCAUGCCCUGCAAAGCACUUUAAAAAGCAAGCAAAACCAAGCCAACCCAAGCCAAACCAUGCCCUGCCAAGCUCUCUAA